GGAGAGACAAGGAAGACCUGGUUGUCCCAACGUCGGGGGGUAGGUACGACGUGCAUCUGAAGAAGAGGGAGCGUGUGGCGGUGUACUGGGAGGAGGAGGUGUCCGAAGUGCGUCGCUGCACCUGGUUUUACAAGGGAGACAAGGACAAUAAGUACAUUCCCUACUCGGAGACCUUCAGCGAAGAACUGGAGGAAGCUUACAUGAUCGCUGUGACCCUGGAUGAGUGGAAGAAGAAACUGGAGUCCCCUAGCAGGGAAAUCAUUAUCUUGCACAACCCAAAGCUGAUGGUGCACUACCAUCCGGUCGCCAGCUCCGAUGACUGGGCUUCAACUCCUACGGAACAAGGUCGACCUCGGACCGUCAAGCGAGGAGUAGAAAACAUCGCUGCCGAGAUCCCCAAUGGCGAGCCGCUGCAAAUCGACCACCUGGUCUUCGUGGUGCACGGGAUCGGCCCAGCCUGCGACAUCCGCUUCAGGAGCAUCGUCCAGUGUGUGAAUGACUUCAGGAACGUUUCCCUGAGCAUGCUGCAAGCGCACUUCAAGAAAGCCCAGGAGCAGCAGCAGAUCGGCCGGGUGGAGUUCCUGCCUGUGAACUGGCACAGCUCCCUCCACUCCACCGGCGUGGACGUCGACCUGGAGCGAAUCACGCUGCCGAGCAUCAAUCGCCUGCGUCACUUCAUCAACGACACCAUCCUGGACGUCUUCUUCUACAACAGUCCCACCUACUGCCAGACCAUCGUGGACACGGUGGCGUCCGAGAUGAACCGCCUCCACCAGCUCUUCCUGCAGAGGAACCCGCUCUUCAAAGGGGGAGUCUCCAUUGCGGGGCACAGUUUGGGGUCGCUCAUUCUGUUCGAUCUCCUGACGAACCAGAAGGCUGAUCCUGAGGAUGACGAGCACAGUGAAGAG